CACUUCCGGUUCCGAUCUUCCGGUUUCUCUUUGACAAGCUAGUUUUCUUAUAUUGCUUAUAUGUCGAAUUUGGCAGUUCAAACUAUUUUGCGCGCAGAAAACAAAAUCAGUGUGUUACGAUACAAACGGAAAGCAUAAAAAAUUGUAUGAGACUUAGAUAUAACGGAAAGGCGAAUCCUGUUAGUGUAAUACGAAAGCGAGAUUUCUCGCUUUUAUUAUCUAGUAUUCACGUCAUGGUUGCUAUGAAAAUGUCACUUCACUGGUGAUUCAUUUGUUCAUUAGCUGGCAUUUCUUCUCUUUUUUAAUAGAACACGAUGAUGAUGGAAGAACCAUUGAGUCAAGGUGCUUCACCAUCUGGUGAUAGUAAUUUUUCUGGAAGCGGAGAAUUAAGUUCCACUACUAUAAUGAGUAUAGAUGAAAGAAUGUUGGAUGUUAGCUCACGGCAUUCUUUAAAUGUUCUUAGAACACCGCCAACCAAGAAGGCAAAACGAGUGAGAUUUUUUAGAAAUGGAGAUAAAUUUUAUACUGGUAUUGUGAUGGCUGUGACUCCAGAAAGAUAUCGCAGUUUUGAUAGUUUAGCAUCGGAUUUAACAAGAGCUUUAAUAUCGAGCGUGACUCUACCUAAUGGUGUUAGAGCAAUUUAUACUAUGGAUGGGAAAAAGGUUCAAAGUAUUAAUGAUUUAGAAGAUGGUAAAUGUUAUGUGGUUUCUGGCCAAGGAGAAAUUUUUAAGAAAGUGGAAUAUUCAUCUACCAAAGUAAGAAGAGGUAGUUCUUUAUCUGGAUUACCUCAAUCCCCAGCUGGUACUGGUAGACAAAUAAGUGCAAUACCACUGUGCGUGAAAGCAAAAAUAGUCACUUUAAUAAGACAUGGUACAAAACCUCGUAAAGUUGUACGUCUUUUACUAAAUAAAAGAAAUGCUCCGAGCUUAGAACAUGCAAUGGAAGCAAUUACAGAAGCUGUUAAGUUAGAUUCUGGAGCAGUAAGAAAAGUCUAUACACUCUCAGGGCAACAAGUUACCUCAUUGGAACAAUUUUUUGAAAAUGAUGAUAUCUUUAUAGCUUAUGGGCCUGAGAAGUCGAAUCAGGAAGAUUUUGAAUUAGAUUUUGAAGAAUCUAAGAGUGUGCAAAGCUUCCGAAGAUGUCCAUGGACAUCAAAGAGACAAAUUGGUCCAAUGCCAAGAAUGCCACGUAAAUCUGGAAAAAAAGUGCUUACUACGCCUCAAGUGAGGACACCGAGUCCUUCUUCGUUAAUAUUACCACAACCACUACGUUUACACUAUGCAGUAGGGCAUGUAAUCGGAGAAGGUAACUUUGCAAUUGUUAGGCAUUGCUCCCAUAAAUCUACAGGUGCAGAAUAUGCAAUGAAAAUUGUAGAUAAGUAUAAGUGUCAAGGUAAAGAAACAAUGUGGGCAAGCGAAGUAUCAAUUUUACGACAAGUUUGCCAUCCAAAUAUUAUUAAUUUAAUCGCGGAACAAGAAACUACUGAUCAACUGUUUUUAGUCAUGGAGCUUGUAAAAGGUGGUGAUUUGUUUGAUGCUAUUGCUGCAGCAACAAAAUUUUCCGAAAGUGAGGCUAGUGUAAUGAUUGGACAUUUAACAUCUGCAUUGGCUUACUUGCAUUCACACCAAAUAGUACACCGUGAUGUUAAACCUGAAAACCUUUUAGUUGAAAUGGAUGGAAAUCAUGUUAGAUGUUUAAAGUUGUGCGAUUUUGGACUUGCUCAAGUUGUAAGGGAACCUUUGUACACAGUUUGUGGUACACCUACGUAUGUAGCACCAGAAAUACUUGCAGAAACAGGAUAUGGUUUGAAAAUUGAUGUAUGGGCAGCUGGAGUAAUACUGUAUAUCUUACUUUGUGGCUUUCCACCAUUUGCUUCUCCAGAAAAUAAACAAGAAGAAUUAUUUGAGCGUAUUUUAAGUGGCCAGUAUGACUUUAGAUCUCCAUUUUGGGACGAGAUUUCAGAUUCUGCUAAACAAUUAAUAUCGAAUAUGCUUCAAACACAACCUGAACUGAGAUUUAGUGCAGAAGAUGUACUUGAUCAUCCAUGGCUAGCGCAGAGCUUUCUAGGCGAACAGACCACAGCAUCAACACCUACCAACGCGCCGGAGCAACACUGGUAUCAGCGUGAGCCGAUAAAGUUGGCAAUUUUUGAAUUUGACUUCUUCAAAAAUCCAGUUCAGGGUGAUAAUUCGCAAGAUGAAGUUGAUGAUGCUCCUGAUAGCAGGAUAAAUGUUAAAAACAACCGGAGUGAAGUCUUAUCAUCAAUCGAAUCAAACAGCAUUGAUUUAUUUUACAACAAAGUUCAGAAAAAUUAAGUUAUGCUGGAGUUGAUUUUUAUAACAAAAACUCAAACGAUAAGACUUGUGUCUUCAGUCAAUCAAUGAACGAUCUUAUGAACAAUUUAAAUAAAAACCAAGUUUACACUACCGUUUAAAAAUCAUCGCAUAGUAAAACUUGUUUGAACAGUAUUCAUAAAAUUGUUAAUUACCGCAGAUGGUUAAUUCAGUGUUAUUAGAUAGUUAUUAAAAUACUCUUAGAAUUCAAAUUAUCGUGAAUUGCGAAGAUAAUUCACUUCAAGAACAUAUGUCUACUUCCAAUAGAAAAUAAAAUAAUUUCUUUACAAGAAUUUAUAAUAUUUCACGUAUUAUGUUGAAUAUAUGAAUCAGCAGCAUACCUUUAAAAAACUUAGUUCAACUAAUUUUGUGACAAUAGGACAGAAAUAUAAGUAGAAACGUCUAUGAAAAUUUAAUGAUUUGUGAAAAUAUUGCUCCAACUCUUAAAAGCUAAGAUGUAAAAAAACUAUUAUAGUUUUUUAAUUAAUUGGUAAUUUAAUUAGUAGUAAUAGCGAUAACACGGUUAAGCAACUUUGCAACUAUUCAAUGUUACAUGAAAACAAAGAUCAAGUUCUGAACUCCAAGAUCAAGUGAAAAUUCUGGAAACGAAAUUCUUUCUAUCGUGAUCAAGAACCGGAAAAUGAUAGUGUGUGUGAUCUACAUAAAACUAGGUGUGUAAAUGAAGUUUUAUAGUUGAAUCAUACAAAAAGUCUUUUUUAUAAGCAUGAAAAGUAAACAACAGAAGUAUCACAAGCUCCAACAAUUUAAGAAAGUUCUAAGUAAUAUACAACAGCUCCCAAAAGAAUUCGAACGCCAACAUUUGCGACUUUUAACAAGCAAAAUAUAUGUUAAAGCGAAGCAUUUGAGACAAUACUGAAUUUUUUUAAUCUGAAGAUUAUAUCAGUAAAAUUAUGAAAUAUUUUAAUGCUAUACACAGUGCAUUUAUUACAAACACGAUUCAUCUGUGGAUCAUAAAAGUAUUCACACGUACAAACGCAUGCAUAUAUUACCAUUGACUAUGUAUUAUCUUAUAUUAACAUUUAGUUCUUUCACCUUUGGCUGUAACAAUAUCUUUAACUUUGUUUUCUAUACUAUGAAGUAAUUUUUUGCGAUAUUUACAAUAGAAUUCCAUAUUUUUAUAAAUCUUCCUUUGAAUACUUCUUUCCUAUUUAUUAUACAUAUAAUUAUGUAAUGACCUACUGAUUUCAGACCAUAAAUGUUCUUUAUAAUCAAUAUCUGGGUUUUAUGAGUAUUUAGGAUGCAGGGUAUAUUAUGUAGUAUUUAUUCUUUUAAGAUUCAGUCCGUAUGCCUCGGAAGUAAGAAUGUAUUAAUAAGCCUAAUUUUUCUGCACUCUGUUUUAGACUCUCUUUUAACAUACAUGUAAAUAAGUAUUUCUUAUAAAUUCCAUCGAUAAAUAAUAAAUUUCCAGUACCAUUGGCUGCCACACGACCUCGCACCAUGACAGAAUCAUCUCCAUGCUUUACUGUUCGACGUAAGUUUCGCAUUUCUAUUUCGAUAUUCGAUUUUCUUUACGUAUAAUUGCAUUCGUCUAUUAAAAAUGUUAGAUUUACUUUCGUUCGUUCUCACUGCUGUGAUUCCAACUUCGUACUCGUAGCUUCUGAAGUUCGAUAAGUACACGUAAUAAUAAUACGAAAUUAGCUAAACAUAAACGAUUUUUUACUUUGUCAUAGAGAUUCGUUGUAAACAUAGUUUAAUUCUAAGCGUUCGAAUACUUUUGUGAUCUAUCAAUAGGUGGUAUAACACUGAAUGCUGAGAAGAUGACUAGGCAAAGAAGUGCGGAUCUGAUUGGUCAUUUCUGAUAGGCUCAAUAACACCUACCGAUCUGUGCUUGUAAUUACCAUACUGUAAAUAUUGUAUAUGUCAUUAAAUUGAAUUCUAAUUUUACCGAUAUAAUUUUGAGAUUUCCCUUUUGCUACGGAUAUCAUACUGCUUUGAAUACAUGCUCCAGUUUAAUGUAUACGCAUGUUUCCUGGUUAAAACUUAAGCAUUCGAAUACUUUCGUGAGUCAUUGUAUUUCAAAUCUUAGAAACAGUUUAUCAAAGCGAUAUUCAAAUUUGAAAUAGCCAAAAAGUAGUGUAAAUCCAAGAACUGCUGGAAGAAAUAAAAAGUUUAAUCGUUUUUCAUCGUGUACCAGACAGUAGAGAAUUUGGAAUCUGUUGUAAGCGAGAGAGUGACUUCUUAUUAUCAGAGUGUGUAGAAAAUGUCUUUCUACAUAUGGAUUGUGAGAUGAAAAACGGAGAGAGAAAGGUAUGAAAACUAAGAAAAAUAUAUAUGCAAGAUUAAUCAGAAAUAUAAUGAAACAUCGUUAGGUAUAAAUAGAUAGAAAGACGACGUUACAGCAUAGAAUUCAAUUACAAGAAAAAUAUAAAAUGUCGAAGGUCAGUUUUAGAUAGUACAGCAGCUGCCAGUAGAUGCAAGUUGAGCAAGCAGUGUGUUCACAUCAGAUUUAACAUUGUAAAUCCAAUUUUAACGACCGAUAGAAGAAUAUUAUCGUAAUUAGAUAUAUUUAUACGAUAAAAUACGAAUUAUAUACGUGAAAAUUAUCGCGGAACUAAUCCGUUGAAGAGUCCAAAGUUUUAAGUAAUAAUUAUUUUAACGUAAGUGCACAAAGUCGAUUUAACCAAGGAGGUGACGUCAUUUGUUCGUAGCUCUCGAAGACAUUGAUCGCGAAUCAAUAAUUCAGAUUAGAACAGGUGAGCAUCACACAUAAACAAGACAUGCCAAAUGCAUUUAAGUAGCUUAUUUUAUAUUUGAUAUCUAUUGUAUGUAGUUCAAGUAUCGAAUUAAACUAUAUGUAGAAAUUGCUUUAUCCUUAUCAAGUUGUAAGUAAUUAGAGGAACAUGAUCGUAGAGUGAGGCGAAAAUCGUAUCGAUAAUAGAAAAAUCCUUGUGACAAGUGACAGAGGGCGACAGUGCGAGAAAUUACGAAUAUUUGUGUAGCUUGUUGCAUACGCUUGCUCAAAGGUAAUUCAACUAUCGCUAGGAUAAAUAUUUUUAUAAAGCAUCGCGCGUGGGGUACUAUAAAGAGCAAUAAAAGCGAAGCUGGUGAUAAUUAGAUCAAGGAACCUUAGAAAUCAUAGUAUUGGGUAUGAUAAUCAGUAAAGAGGAAUUUAUUCGAUACAUAAUGCUUUUCAUAUGAAAUUAUUUUUGUAGAAAUUACGUAUAGCAAAUUUUACGUGCAUUUUUCUCCCUUUGUCGCUUGAUGAUACUUUUGUAGUUACCCCGCUACAAUUUCCAUAUUUUUUAAUGGAAUCAUUACUAUGUACUAUAACGAUGUACAUAUAUAAUAAGUAAGAAGUUUAUAAAAUAUUAUUUAUAUACAUAUAUAAGCAUUACUAUUAUUGCUAUUCAUUUUCAUAAUUUGUAAUUUACGUAUGAAAAAUUAAUUUAUCACAAUACUUCAUACUACAAUCGAUUUAUAUAUUGUACUUUUUUAUCGUUAGCACGAUUAAUUCGUACAUGUAUACGCGGUAUUAUACAGAUCAAUGCUGUCCACGGUUGAAACUUCUCGCGUGGCUUUGUCCCAUCUUUCGCGCUAUCGUCAUGAACUAACGAAAGAGGUCAGAAAAAAAGAAACCGAACAGACUUAGUACGAUGUUUGUCAUUUUUCAUAAAUCUCGCUCGUAAACUAAACCACGGAACUUUGAUUUUUGCUGGAAGCAUUUGCAUCAGAUGCGUGUGUAUAGUGGAUCGGUUAGCGUCUCUGUAUCAUAGUGACAAAGUCAAAGGAGGAGAGAUUCUGCAAACUUCGUAGCAUAUCGUGGACAGCAUUGGACGUAGGUUAUAGAAAUUUAGAAGUGAUUUAUGCCAAAUAUGAGAUGGAUUAUUUAUAUCAUUACGUACAUGUAUAAGUAUUUACAUACACGAUAAAUCCCGUAUCGACAUUUGUUGCUACGUUCUUUACUUCUUUUUCAUUUUCGUCACUACAUAUAUAAAUACAUAUACAUCUAUUACAUAUACGCGUAUAUUUUCGACUUGACUGUAAAUUGUACUCUUCUUAUUUCUGUCAGAAAAAUGAAUUAAAGCAACAAAUAUGAUAAAAAGUGACCAAAUAAUAAG